AUGGACAUACAACAGGAAGUGCCGGAGGCAAGUAAGCAACUGAGAGGCCUAUUGGGCGAGUUCCAGAGCAUAAAGGCAAUCGCACUACAGUUGGUAGAGAAGAAUGCCUACCUGGAAGGUCGCGUGAACGAGUUAACGAAGGUAAAACCGGCCGAAGUAAGGUCUUUUGCAGACAUCCUGAGAUCGAACCGGGGCAACAAAGGACAGGACAGAGAAAAGCCAACCACAUCCAGUGAGAGGAAAGCAGUCCUCCUGGUGAGAACACCGGAGGACGAACAAGAAACAAGCCCAGGGGAGACCAAAAUAGUGGACGCAGCAGAACCAGAGAUUAAGCUCCUCUCGGUGGACAAAAACGUAAACGCCAAUGACAUCCCAAGGAUCCUCCUGGAGCAAAAUGAAAUUGAUGGUACAGAGGAAGACAUUAAAGUAAUAUGGAAGACGGACAGAAAGUACGGCUCUAACGUCACACUGCGCAUCUCCAAUACAGGACUGGCAAAGGAAAUAGUGCAGAAGGAAAGCGUCUACAUUGGCUGGUCAAGGUGUAGAGUGGUGGAAAACAUAUACAUCCCCAAGUGCACGUACUGCUCAAGAUUGGGUCACAGAGAGGGAAAAUGCUAUGCUAAGAAGGCACGCUGCACGGAGUGCGGAGGGAGUCAUUAUUAUAAAGAAUGCAAGGAGGAAGAGAAAUGUUGUGCUCUCUGCGUAGAUGCAGGAAGGCAAGCAGUGGACCACUCGAUGUGGGAUGGGCCAUGUCCCACAUUCGAGGACAAAUAUGAAAAUAGGAGGCGAGAACUUGGUUUCGCAUAA